UUGCGUCACGCGCCACUUGACACGCGCAGCGAAGGAAUUCAGUCUGAAGGAAGAAAAAAAAAAAUAGAAAACCAGGAAGUUAAACAGAGGAGGAAACGCACCCGCUGUGCCGCAGCAACCAAAGUCCAUUAAAAGCUUUUAAAAGCAUUUUUUUUUUUUAAAUUAACAACGUCAACUCAAAGAAAGUAGAUCCACCGGGAGCGGUCGAAGAGCUUUGUUUCCAACAAGAUGGAUCCGGAGCGGGGAGAAGAGGCGGCUGAGCCACGGGACAAGGUGCAGACCUUGAAGGAUCAGGUGGAUGGAGUCAAAGACAUCAUGACGCAGAAUGUGGACCGGAUCCUGGCCCGAGGGGAGAGACUGGAUGACCUGAUGGGCAAGUCGGAGGACCUGCAGGCAGGGGCUCAGAACUUCAAGCAGACGUCUCAGAAGGUGGCUCGCACCUUCUGGUGGAAGAACGUGAAGAUGGUGGUGGUCAUCGUGGUGAUCGUCCUGGUCAUCGUCCUGGUCAUCAUCCUGCUGGCCACCGGAGUCAUCCCCAUCGGUGGUUCCUCUUCCUCUUUGCCUCCCAUAGUGAACCCCACCACCAAGCCAUAAACGCACGCGGGUACAACUAACUCCAUCACAAACAAACGGUUUAUUGGUAUUGCACAGUAAUAUAUAGACUCAAGCAAAUAACUGCUGACUGGUGAAAUCUUUUAAACUUCUGCGUUAGUUUCCACUGGGUAACGUUCAUGCCUUUUUAUUGGACCUCGAGGACCAAGGAACGUUAACGGCACAUUGUAGCUUUUGAAACCCUCUUAAAAUAGAACUCCAUUGUAGCAAUAUUUGAAUUUGUGGGUGUCUGGAAGGUGUGGUGUCUUUUUGUCUGAAAGCAGCACAAACACACAGUUGCUGAUUCACUGCUCCACCAGCAAACGCCCAUUUCAUCCUGUCACAGAGAAAGUCACUUUAAUGAUGAACGUGGGUUUCUCCGGGUCUCUUACUGGGGAAUUCUUUUAGUCUCUAACGUUGUCACUUGUGUGCACCUUUUUACGAGGAGCCGCUACCCUUGUUUGAAUGAUGAAUAAUCGCCAAUCGUGUUAUCGCUGACAAAACUGGAACAAUUGUUUUUCAAAAAUCACACCCUUUUUGAAAAUGCCUUGAAUUGCGUGUUAAACAUGUCUGUUACCAUUUGUGGGCUUCCCAUUUAUUUAAAAUCACACUGGAUAAAAAGAUUCUCCGUAGAUAUUCUUUUAAAUAUUUUUUUUUUUUUUUCAAUGUGUACUCUGGUUCUGCUUCUUUGGUUCUUUCGGGAAAUAUUGUGAUUGGCUCCUUAUUUGUGUGGAGGGCUGCAAACCGUGUUGUCAGCGGUAAACCGGGUUACCCAAAGUUAUCGAUCUAAUUGUUUGAUUCAUGUUCACACCCAGCAUUUGCAGUUAUGCAUUUUCCACCAAUCUGCACUCUGCACCAUCCUCCGUCUCUUUAACACAUUGAGUUUCCCGACUGCAUUCAAACUCUAAACCAUUGGGGUUUAAGGGCAGGACCUUUUUGUGCUCUAAAGUUCUGUUCCCACACUUCUAGUUUUUGGCUCCUGCAGCCUACCAGCUGAGGGAUCAAUGUACCACCCCCCACCCCCCCAUGUCAUCCAGUAGACUCCCACAGUUCCGAGCUUCCCUCUAUGCCCACUAUGAAGUGUAAAUAGUCAAAGUCUCACCGUUGUGUAUAUUUGCGUCAGCCUCUGGCUGAUGUGAUGACUGUCCUUUUUUAGAGGCUAUUUAUUUAAUGCUUUUUCUUUCUUUUUUUUAAAUCAAAAAUGGACCAAUGAAGGCUGUGUGUGAUUUCUCUGAAACUGGUUACUACAGAGUGAUUGAUCCUAAAAUGGUGGUUACCUAAUUACCUAUGUUAAUCGUUUUCUCGCUGUAGCUUUAAAGGUGAGGCCGUUCGUUGUGUUUUUAGCACCCGAUUCUCUUCUCUCCCGCUGCGUCACCAUCACGUCGCUCAUCAAACAGGCCGCAGCCGGAGGCUUCAACUCAAAACGUACGCAUUCCCCCCAAUUACAAGAACGACCGGCCUCCUGCUCAUGUACAUGGAUGUUUUCAUUAGCAGCGUUGUCAUUGUUCUCGUGUUUUGUGGCUUUUAAUGGUCUAAUUAGAAAUAAAUAGUAUUUUCCCUCUA